AUGCUAUCCCAACAGCUUUGCGCCAUUCUAAUCGCCGUGGCCCCUUUGGUCCAAGCAGCUCCCGUUUCCGGUGAGAGCAAACUGCUCGGCGGAACCAAGAUUAGUAAUGCUAACGAUCUUCCAGUAGAGAACAAGGCAGCUGAGCUGGACGCUCGUUAUAUCUAUACUCAGGCUACGCCUGAUGGAUCCGAGACUAAGCGCGAUGCUGAGCUAGAUGCUCGUUACAUCUACACUCAGUCGACACCCGACGGAUCUGAGACCAAGCGUGAUGCUGAGCUGGACGCUCGUUACAUUUACACUCAGGCGACGCCUGAUGGAUCCGAGACUAAGCGUUCCGAAGACGACGCUGUCUUCCAUCCACUUGAGUGA